AUGGUGGAAGCCAAUCAUCUGAAUCUCGAUGCAAACAUCAAUCAAUACUUGGCACCUGAUCUGAACAUUGUACAUCCACAAUAUCCUAAUGUUUCAAUCACCAUGCGACAUUUGCUGAUGCAUGCAUCUGGUAUUGGAGUCAAUGCUGCAGUAGAACUUGAGUCUUAUACGCUUAAUGAUACUUUCAGACAAAUAAAUUUGGGCGAUGUUCUUAAAAAAUAUUUCAAUAGUACGGUUGGCUGGUUACCUAUUCCACCUGGAAACAAAACUUUUUACUCAAAUGUGGGUACUAAUUUAGCAGCAUAUAUUAUUGAACGUUUGGCUGGCAUGCGAUUUGAACACUAUGUUCAGGAAAAAAUAUUGAAACCAUUGGGUAUUACCGACAAAAUGGGCGGUUAUCGACUGAGCAAUUUUGAUCAAAAGUAUCUUGUUCGUAACUAUUUAUACAAUGAAUCAAUAUCUGCAGAACUUGAUGUCUUUUUACGACAUCUAAAUGCUACUCAAGUAAGUUCUGAAGCGGUCUUUUGA